UCCGUUGAGGAAGUGAAUUUCGCUGACAGGGUUGGGCUCACUGAGGGAGAGGCGAACAAAACACAUCUUCCGCAGGGGGGGGGACUAGCAACAAAACAAAACAAAAACCAGAAAAAAAACCCAAAAGGCAAGAGGAGCGGUUUGACAAACCAUUCGAAGGCUAUAAGGCGUACAGUCACCUGUGAAAAGCGUCUCCCCUGCCCCGCCGCAGACAUGAGUGAACAGCAGUUGGACUGUGCCCUGGACCUGAUGAGGCGUCUGCCUCCCCAGCAGAUUGAAAAGAACCUCAGUGACCUCAUUGACCUGGUGCCCAGUUUGUGUGAGGACCUUCUCUCCUCUGUGGACCAGCCCCUGAAGAUUGCCCAGGACAAGACAAUGGGGAAAGACUAUCUCCUCUGUGAUUACAAUCGGGAUGGUGACUCCUACAGAUCACCAUGGAGCAAUAAGUACGACCCUCCUAUUGAUGACGGUGCCAUGCCUUCAUCUCGCUUGAGGAAGCUGGAGAUAGACGCCAAUAACGCCUUUGACCAGUACAGAGACCUGUACUUUGAGGGUGGCGUGUCCUCAGUGUACCUUUGGGAUUUGGAGCAUGGCUUUGCCGGAGUUAUUCUCAUCAAGAAGGCCGGGGAUGGAUUCAAAAAGAUCAAGGGGUGCUGGGACUCCAUCCAUGUGGUGGAGGUGCAGGAGAAGUCCAGCGGACGGACUGCUCACUACAAACUCACCUCCACCGUCAUGCUGUGGCUACAGACGACCAAGUGCGACUCCGGCACCAUGAACCUGGGCGGCAGCCUCACAAGACAAAUGGAGAAGGACGAGACGGUCGGAGAGUCGUCACCCCACAUCGCCAACAUUGGCCGCCUGGUUGAAGACAUGGAGAACAAGAUUCGCUCCACGCUGAAUGAAAUCUACUUUGGGAAGACCAAGGACAUCGUCAACGGACUUAGGAGUGUUCAAGGCCUGGCUGACAUGUCGAAGCAAGAGGCUUUGCAAAAACAACUCUUCAUGGCGCUCAAACAGAAAAACCAAAACUAGAGAUGCUCCCGUCGUGUCCGUUUUUUCUCCGCCACCUCCUUCUUUUCCCGUUUCUUUCCUGUCGCUCCCUCUCCCGCCACAAUUCCCCCAGUGCUGCCCGCACUCUUGCGUCUUUGUGGGGGAAAAACACGGAAAAAAAGGAGAAGACGCUUCGCUUUUCUCUCAUUCUCCUGUCAGGUUUCCAUGUGUCUCCACAUGCUCUGAAGCCAUUCACUCACACUCCCUCCUCAUCUCCAAUUAAUUUAAUGACGGUUAACAAUCCUUCUGCAGCGUGAGGGUCAGUCUACUUCCAAUCUAACCCACCCUCCUGCCUCUCAGUUGGACAUGAGCCAUGUGACAUCAUCACCCCUCCCUUAACUUAGAUUUAUUUGUCCCUUUUAUUCUUCCUGACACGCGAGCGGCUUUUUGGCUUGUGUGGGAACAUUUGUAACUGUCAUCUGUCCGCAUGUGUAAGCUGCGUCAUAAGAAUGACCCUGCCUCUUUUCACCGCACUGUGUAUAACAUAACUGUUUACCCCCCUAACUCCCUAAUUUGAUCUCCAGCUCUGCUCAACUUCUACGUCUUUGCUGGGGGAUCACAGUUUGUCUUUGUGUCAGUGGGAACCUUUGACUGUUUCCAUCUUGGAGGGGAAUCUUUGUAUUUUGUUUUUGUUUUGUUUUGUAAUGCUUAUGAUUCAUAUUGUAUUAGAGCCUCCAGCAACAAUAAAAACGGAAAAAAUCUA